AUGGAGCACAAGGACUUCACCACAUAUUAUCCAUCCGUAGCAGCAAUUCUCCUUGUUCUUUUCUUUUUGUCAUCGAGAUUUCUCGAUGUCGAGAGAUUCCCUAAUGAACCCCCUUACAUCACCUCUUCAAUUCCUUAUUUUGGCCAUGCCAUCGGACUGUUUCUCAACAAGAUACCAUAUUAUAACAAAGUAAAGUGGGUGCUCUCACAGAUACUCCUCAGCCGGUCUUAGGUUGAUCAAAUUUGAACUGACUUCGAGGUUCUACAUAGUGCAAAGUACAACUAUCCAGCUUUUACGCUUGCUAUGCCGGCGGGAAAGGUUUACGUUGUAUCCUCUCCAGAUGUAGCUCGCGAAGUACAACGACAUUCUAAAACGCUUUCCUUCCCCUGGAUUGAAGCAAUCUUUGGCGUUAGUGUGGCAGGGCUAAGUAAAGAAGGUGCAGCCCUGGUUUUUAACAACGUACAAGGAGAAGGUGGCGAACAUGGCAUAUUUUUCGAUGGUCUCAAACUUAUGAUUAACAUUCUCAAACCGGGUGUUGCGCUGGACGAAAUGAACAAGACGAUGCUAGAAAGUGUGUCUGAUACGAUGUCAGAAUUUGACGAAGGGCCCAUCUCGGAAGACAUUGACCUGUGGGCUUGGAUCAAACAUAUGAUGAUUCUUGCAGCAACUGACGCUAUUUAUGGUCCUGGAAAUCCAUUCAAAGAUCCACAGUUGGAGAAAGACAUGUGGUCAGUCGCUCUCCAACCCCCUUUUCAGGGUUUAGCUGACUUAUCCACAAAGGCAUAUCUCAGAUAAUGUCAGCUCACUACUGAUCGGGAUUCUCCCGAUGGUGUUCGCUAGAAAAUCACAUCUAGUCCACCGGCGUGUUACACAGGCUUUCGAAAACUUCUACCGCCACGGAAAGGAAGAGACAUCAUCUACGAUGACCCAAGGCAGGUAUAACGACACAAAAGGUACAAUGUCGCUCAAUGAUAUCGCACGUCUUGAUGUCGCUCAAGGUAUCACUGUGUUUUCAAACACGGUACCUUCUGGAUUCUGGACUCUCUACCAUGUCCUAUCGAAACCGGAUGUCCUGUCGCUAGUUCGAUCCGAAGCUAUGAAGCACCUACAUACGGAAGAAUUCAACGGCAAGAUUCAGCGAAUGCUUGAUGUAAAAGGUAUCCGAAGCUCCACCAUUCUUGAAUCGGUUCUGAAGGAAUCACUACGACAUCAAGCGUUGGAAAUGGGUACGAGAAUGGUCGUAGAAGACGUGGUCAUUGGCGGUGCCAAUCCUUUUCUUCUCAAGAAGGAUUGCUUUGUUAUGCUUCCAAAUCAACCAAUGCACUUUAAUGAGAAAGCUUGGGGCCCAAAUGUACGGGAAUUCGACCCGCUACGAUUCACCAAAUCAGGGGGGAGUCAUCAGGGCGUCGCAUUCCGAGGAUUUGGUGGCGGCGCAAAUUUGUGUGGAGGGAGAUUCUUCGCAAGUACUGAGAUUCUAUUUAUUGUUUCAAUGUGUGCUCUCAGGUAUGAUAUGAAGCCAGUUGGCGGGAUAUGGAAUAAUCCCAGCCCUGAUCAUAAUGUCAUGUCUUCGGUCGUUACUCCACCCCUCAAGAAGACCAUCGUCAGAAUGAAAAGCAGGAAGGGGAUCGAGGAUGGAAAUUGGGGUUUCAGAUUGUGA